UCUUAACCACCUCCCGUCCGGCUGUUGCGAUUAUAAAUGGCCUCCCGGCCCCUGCUCGAAAGCGCGCAGCACCGCGAUCCGGUGCCCACAGUGUCCUCCGAUCGUUGUACGGGACCUCUGUGUGAGGUCCCGAUCAUUGAUCGGCCAAUCAGUGAUCACAUGCAGAGUAGUACGCAAUGAUGUCACUUGUGACAUCAUUGCUUACUACGUGUGAAAUCUGUGAAUGAUCACAGAGGUCACAUGGUACAAGGCUAUUCACAACAGCCUUGUACCAUGUGACAAGCUGUGACCAAUCACAGCUCUC